GGAGUGAAAGUUUUUCCGGUUCACAAAGCCGUCCUCCUCAUCACUUGGUGCCUAUGGAAUAAAGAUUAAUAAAUUAAACCAAUAUUUGUUUUUGUUUGAACAUGUAAUUUAUUGAUUUUCAGAUGUUUGUAGAAAUCGACAAUCCACAAUGGUACAUUAUAGCAAAAAGUUAAACAUCAACAUUAAUAAUGUAAAUCCCCCCUCCCCCUCCCUAAGGGAAAAUAAACAGAACUAACAAAGGAAGAUAGAUUAAAAUUAAUUAAAUAAUAAUAAUUUAAAUAAAAUAAAAAAUGCAACGCACAUACAGGCUUAUAACAUUACAUAAAAGACAUAAGAUAGGUGCUGGACACAAUAUGGUUGUAUGUAGACAUCAAAGUUAUUACACAUUCAGUAUUCACUAUGGAUAUACCACUCUCAAGUCUCCAAAACUUCCCCAAGAUCACAAUUCUCUAGGAAUGUAAGAAAGGGAGUCCAAACCUCAUAGAAUUUGGCUGAUUUCUUUUUCACUGUGUAUGUUAAUUUUUCAAGGACAAGGCAUGCGGACAACUCUUUAAGCCAGCGGCCAACAGAAGGGCUCUUUACAUCCUUCCAACAGAGAGAGAUCAAACGUCUUGCUUGUAAUAGACAUAAAUCUGUCAUUUUCUUCUCUUUGCUGUUUAACAAACAGUCCUCUGGGUACAGAUUCAGAAUACAAAGUUUAGGGCAAUUGGGGAUUGGAUUUAAGGUAAUUUUAGAAAUCAUUCUUAUGAUUUCAUUCCAGAACUUUUGUAUCUCAGGACAACUCCACUGGCAGUGAAAUAAAGUGCCUUUUUCUAAAUUGCAUUUGACACAGAUAUCGGGAAUAUUUGGAUUCAUCUUAUUCAGUCUAACUGGAGUAAUGUAAACCCUCAUAAUCCAGUUGUACUGAAUCAGUUUGAGAUGAGUAUUUAUUGUUAGGAGAUGAGCACUUGAACAUACCUCACCCCAUUCCCCCUCAGAGAUAUCUUCUUGCAAGUCUCCUAUCCAUUGAGCUCCAGGGUUUCCCACAGCGCUUUCCUGUUAAGGCGGCCGCCUUAACAACACGGGGUUGCCGCCUUGACUAACGUCACGUCUCCAGAAAAAAAAAAAAUAUUAUAUAGAUAUAGGCCUAUAGCGAUAUUCGCCGUUUUACUCUUUCAUGUUUUCUACCUUUCAUUCCAAACCGUGACUGACAGUCUAUCUUCUCUGCAGAACGCAUUUUAAAAUAAAAAACAAAAAACAAAUAAAAGAAACGUUUUAAAAUGUGGGGCUAUGCCUCCAAAUAUGCCUCUGAAUCGCGUGAUGCGUCCGAACAGCGGCAUCUAGUGGUAUAUGUCAUUGUGCUAUCAUCGUUCGACCAACAUCCUUCAAAACCAGCAUUUUUCGGAAAGACUACUAUUUGGAUAGCUGACAACCUGUCGAAUCUACUAUUUGGAUGGCUGACAACCUGUCGUAUCAAGGUAAGAUUAUUAUUGAAUUCUAUACUAGUCUAAUAAUAGUCUGUCAACUGUUCACUAGUAGGCUACCUGGAUAAGCGUAAUGUUUUCUUAUCAAGGCUAAUUGUGUUUAACGUUUACACGUGGCUAUAUUAUUAUAGCCUAGCCUGCCUUUGACAUUUGCACGUAAUUUUCUCUCGCAAUGUUCACAGCCAAAUGGAUCAAAAAACUCAGCCCAAAAUCGCCGGCUUCUUCAUGCGACGUAGCCGGCCGACUUCACCCUCCGCAUCGUCUCCCCCCCCCCCACCACCAGCACCUCCAUCGCCGGAUCCCCGGCAACCCAACAAACACAGAGGCAGUGGGUGGAACCCGGAGUGGGCUAUGGAUCCUAAAUAUGCAGGUUGGCUUUACCACACAGAACACGGAAUGUUUUGUAGAAUCUGCAGGAUGCACCGACAAAAGGCAUCUCGUGGCCCCUCUCAAAGGCCUUUCAUAGAGCUACCUUGUACCAACUACAGGCGCGAUGCCUUGGACCAGCACUUGGGCUCAACGAAUCAUAUUUCAUGUGUGGGCAUUACAGCCCAAUCAAGCCGAAGUCUGCCCAUCAAUGAGGCAUUUCAGCCCAUUUUGAAUUUGGAGCAUGAGGCCAUAAUUGGUGGCUUUAAAUGUCUAUACUGGCUGGUAAAACAUGAAAUUGCGCACCAUACAAAUUACCCGGCAUUGCUGGAUCUGGCAGACCUCCUAGGCUGCGAAUAUUUUGCCAAACUGAAGGAGGCAGAAUUAAAAAAGGACCCUGUGGCACGGGGGUUGUACACCUACUGUGCAACUUACAGAUUCGUUGCAGCUGUCCACCUGCAAUCGGACAUCCUGCCCUACCUGGCGCAGCUUUCAAAAUUGUUCCAGAAGGAAGAUAUCAAUUUCAUGGCAAUCAAGAACCAUGUUCCUGUUACCAUUGAGACAUUGAGAAUAAUUAAAGCAGCAGGUGAACGGCAACCCGAGGGCUCCUUUCUAGCUCAGGUUGAAGAGAAGGUGGCCAAUCUGAACAUAUUGUAA